AUUCAUUAGAAGCUCAUGACGCAGUUAGAUAACAUCAGAAGUUCUAGGCCGAUGGUAAGAUUUCCAUCCCGCUGUGGCUCUGCUAACCUCCGACGGACGCCAAAAUUCUCAGCCAGCAGCGACGAGGUCCCAAACACGUUCAUGAACGCUGUCGCUUGGAUAUCUCGUCACGAUGCUAUGUUACGGAAGUUUGUCCAUCUUGUUCAGCAACUUCCGAAUUUGAUUGAUGAACCUGAACUGAUGUAUUUCCGUCUCUACAUGUCAGAACAAUAUCAGGAUAAGGUGAACUCAGAACAAGAGAAAGCAGUAGAAAGGAUAUUACAAUCUCCUCACGCUAGACGUGCUCCUUCUAGUUACUCUCUUCUUUCCCCAUCUAAGAUAGAAGUGUACGUAUCGGGUGAGGUGUGUGAGACACAGUGGACCAACACAGACUUUAUAACCCGGGAGCUGGCUCAACACUUCAAGGUUCAGACAGAUCCACCUCUACCACGCUAUCCUGGAUUCCAAACAGAAGAGGAUCUAGUGAUGAGCUGUAAUGUAAUGAUAUUCGUGCUGACAGACUCAUCUCUUGCUGACUCUUUCUGCGUACACCAGCUACGUACAGCUAUAGCAAACCACGUGCCAAUAGUGUUGAUAAGAGAACCAGAGGGGACUGACAUUCCUGACUCCAUUGGUGACGACACUCCUAUCGUCCUAAACAGGCCGGUUACAGCCCUCACGGACAUAGCAGACCAGACACCUGUGCUAUUUCUGGACGAUUCUCCGAAACCUGUUGGGAAAGAUCAGAACAGAGGGGUAAACAAGUCAGUUAGCAGGAUUAACAGCGCCAAGGAGAGCACUCCGCAAAACUCUAUAUUGUUGAUGGAUUGGCUGAAGAGAGAGUUGUCGUCAGCGUUGCUCUUCAGUUUCGAACACAGGGCUAUUUGUAUGGGCAGGGUCGUCACUCGAGUCAAAAACAUGGCAUUUGGCGAAACGUUAGUUGACGGGUUCGGAAACACGCUCCCCACCGAACUACCUCUAUCUCCGAAACAGCUUGACGAACUGGGACGCAAUUUCCACGACUCCAAGAUCGCAGACAUGGCCGAGAGUCUGAGGGCGACUCCCACGUCUUCCUUGUGGGGUGGUAUCCCGAACUGUGGUAGGUGUGGUGAAGAGCUUCAACUACCUGCUCGACUUACUGUACCAACUCCGCAGCCUACAGAUCCGACCUUGUCCAAGUUCCUGCACCACUCUCAGAAGUGUCUACAAGGACAGAGCGACCAGAAGACAACACCUGACAGACCCUCUACAGCUCCCAGUAAUCUCUCUUCUAGCCGAGCGAAGAAAGAGAACAGUUUAGGUAGCAACGAUAAAAAGUUGUCGGAUAUUAAAAAGUCUGGACAUGUGGAUAAAGACGCUGUAACGUCAAAUCACGAGACAAAGCCGACGAAGACAGAAAGAAGUACAUCACGUCCGACAAGUGCAAGCUCGAGACCUACUAGUGCAGCGAGUUCCCGGGCUGCAAGCUCCAACUCCCGACCUCCGAGUGCGCGGAGUGUUACGUUCAGCGACACAGACCAAGUCGUCGAGUUUAGCUCACCUGUUGUUGAGUUUGACACUAAUGGAAGUGCGUAGACUACCGCUGUUACGUCAUCUACCUUUCACUAUAUUUUAUUGAUUACGAAACAUAACCUAUAUCUUGAUAGAUUAUGAAAUGCAUUAGAGCGCACCCACAUAUUUGAUGAGGCGCUGGGUUAAAGAUUAAGGAGCAUUUACUAACCUUACUGUUUAGAGAUUAAUCAGAUAGCAUACAUUGUGACUCAGUGACUGUGACACUGGAUAUGUUCUGUAAUAAAGUAACCUACAAUGCUACAAUAGUGCAGUAUUACUGCAUAAGCAGCCACUAAUAUAUACCGAUCUGUUUUUGUACGCGUUUUUAGAAGUUUUUAUUGUCAAUGCAGUUAGAAUUUGUAAAGUUCUUACAUUAAAUAGUUCUUUUAAAGUGAGAUUAAGCGAAUAGAUUGAACGUAUCAUUACAGUUUCAAACAAAGAUAAACCGCAAGAUACAGUUAAAUAGCAUGUAUUUAGUGUGAGUACUGAGUAAGAAAUAUAAAACCUCUGAACAUUGCAAAGCUGUCUUGAGAGUCAAGGUGAGAUAAUAGCACCUGUUGGACAUUUAUUUUCCUUUACGUUUCAACUUCGUUUAAACUUUGUUUUUGAAACACUUUAUUUCAAUUUUUGAAGUUACCUUUUCAUCUUUUAUUUGUUAUUGAAUCUG